UUAUUUUCAGGUAUGUCAGACAUUGCUUCUGCACAUACUCAAUACAUUCUUCAUAUAAGAAAAAUGUUAGAAUAGCUGUCAAUUGUUUUGUUCAUGAUAUUCCGUUUUUCUAAUGUUACCAGAUGCCAUGAUUACUUCAAGAAUAUAGAAUAACAUAUCGUUGUGCAAUUUUUGCGUUUUAAGUCUUUUAAAGUUACAGAAAUAGUGGUUUGUGCUAUAGAUCGAAGAGGAUUUGAUAAAAAUUACGCGCCAAAUUCUUUAUCUAUUACCGUUAAACACAAUAUAAUAUAUUUCACCUAUUCUGUGUAGCAGGGUACUCGGUUAAAGUAUGGUUAAAGUGGUUCGGACAUUAGGGCCAUUUUAUAUCUAUGAUUUUAGUACUUGCCGCUUGCCGCUUGGUAAACCGUACUACCUACCAUAGUAGUAUAAUAGUACCAUAGUUGUCCGUUUGUCACUGCUCAGUUGGGUACAUGAGUUGUUAUUCUGUAUUUCUGUGUGCACUGUGCGAAACUGCGAAGAGUGUAGGGUCAAAAUAUUCUUUGUCAUAAGUCGGAGCUCGUUGAUCUAUUUUGUUUCUGUUACGUCGCAAAUUUAACAAAUCGUGCAUGUCAGCAUCUCGCCAACCGCCAGUCUGCCAUCUGGUAGACCUCAACACCAAAGACUGAACAAUUGGCAGAAACUUAUUAAAAUUGUGAAUUUUUUAUUUUUUCCUGAAAAUUAUAUACCUGUUUGAUUUUAUCUAUCAAAAUGACAUUGGAGAUUUUAGCUCAAGAAAAAGUGUGGCUUGAUAAAUCUAAUUAUGCUGAUGCAGAACGUGUGUACUUUGAGAAACAAACAAAGACCAUAAAAUAUGAAACUUUUGAAAAAUAUAUAAAUGACCAAGUCAAAUCACUGAAUAAUAAUAUUUGUAAAGAUUGUUCUAUGUGUAGCAUAAUUGCUCAAAUAGAUUCACAAAUUGAUAUUAGUAAAUUAUUGGACAAAGUACAACAGUGGGAUGAAAAAAACUCAACAAUUAAUUUAAGUCAAUAUCAACAAAUAAAACAGUUUGAGUGCCUUGUGUGUUGUUUUAAAACAUUUAAUUUUAAUGAUUGGAAAUGUCAUAUUAUGUCAUUACCUCAUAUGGCUGAUUGUCACAGAAUAAACAAUUUGUAUUCAUAUGUCUGUUUUGAAAAAAUAUGCAAACUUCUAUUGUAUGGACCCAAAGAGUCUUUAAUUAAACAUAAUAUGGACAAACAUUCAAAUAAUAGUUUUUUUUUUAGUAUGUCUAAUUUAAUGGCGGAAGUAAUGAAACGAUAUAUGGCAGAUAAUCUAAAACCUUUAUAUUUCUGUUCACACUGUAAACACUUUUCAGAAACACCGAUUCAUACUGAUAUAAAAUUCAAAAUAGGAAACAGAAUUCCUAUUGAAUACUAUUGCAGGUUUUGUAGGGUUACAUUUUUAUCUAGCCAAGAAAUGAUUGAUUAUCAUUUGUUAAGUGUAGAACAUAUGACAUUAAAGUGUUUUGAUGAAUUAUGUUCAGAAUCUAAGAUAAACUCAAAACAUAUUCAAUUAUCAGAAGAAUCAAAUAAAAAUAAUGAGAAUAAUUUGUUAGGAAAUGUUCAAAAUGUUUUAACAACAAAUUCAAUUAAAUUGCCAUACAUAAUAUUAACAAGAUUUCAAAAGGUCAAUGAAUAUUGCGGUCUAUGUAAAUUAUGUAGUGCUUCAUUAAUUUGGAACAGUAAAAUUAUAGUAUCACAUUUGUUAGAAUGUAAGUACACAUAUGAUUCAACAGAUUCAAAUAAAAUAACUAUAAAUACAUUUGAUUGUAAUGUAUGCAAUCAUUCUACAAAUUCCAUGAAUCAGCACCAAUUGCAUAUUAUGUCACAUUCACAUCUCACUAACUGCUGUGAUACUAAUAAUUAUUAUUCAUACUUUUGUGAUUUAUGCAAUAGGUAUAUGUAUAGUUAUAGACUCGUUAUUCUUAAUCAUAUUAGAAUAUGUCAUAAGGAUUUCAAGACUACAGAAUUUCCUGUUUUGUCUAUAUUUAUGGCAAGCGUCUUCAAAGAGUUCAAUACAAAUGCAAAUAUGAAUACAUUUAAACAUUAUCACAGUACUAGUGGACCUAUAGAAGUUUUUAAAACAGACUCAUUUCAAUGUAAUGCUUGUAAAAUUACAUUUGAUAGGUUUACUGAUUAUAAUUGGCACUUAAUUACAAGUGAACAUAUUAUUUUGAGUUUUGUUACCCCAAAAGCUGUGAUGAAAAAUGAAAAAAUAAAAAAAUUGAGUACAACUAACAUACAAACCAUAGAAUCAAGUAUGAUUGAACCGAAUGUUCUAGUAUCUCAAAAAUAUGAUGACAUCAAAAGUAAAUACACGCAAAAUGAACAAUUAAAUAAAAGUCCAACUAAUCUUGAUGUUGAUGGAAGAAUACUCUUGGAUGGUAUACAAAAAGUUCAGAAGUCUCUUGUAAACAAUAAUGUCCUUGGCAAAUUGAAUGAUGAUGCUCAGAGAGACAGUAAUAAGUUUAUUGAACACACAAAGUUGACACCAAAUCAUAGUAAACAUCGGCAACAAUACUCAAAUUAUUUCAAACAUAAAAUGAGUUUGUUGAAAAAGUUGAGACAAUAUGAUGAUCUUGUCAUGAAAACUUUGUCAUACUAUUGUGAUGUAUGUGAUUUUAUAGCUGUAGAAAAAUAUGUGUGGGAUAAACAUAAUCAAAAAGAACACUCUGUAGAUAGACCUAUAACUUACUGUUCUACGUGCCUUAUGUUUGUUGUUGGUGAAAACAACCAAGAACACAACCGUACUAUAGAACACAGUUCUCUUUUGAACUUUUUACAAUCAUCAAAACCGGUAGAAGUAAUAAGGGAAAAAACUUCAUUAGUAAAAUUGGUUGAAUAUUGUUCAUCACAUAAAAAUUGUAUAGACCUAGAAAAAAAAGAAAAAAAAGAGUUAAACAAUACUGAUAGCUUCAAAGAAUCCAAAUACUCUAACUUUAAUAAUAGCAAAAACAGUGAUUGUUCUUUAAUGGAAAAACUAAGUACAAAUAGGGAAGAUCCAAUGAUUAUGAAGAAUACUAAAUUGUUACUUGAUAAAACUAAGAGUAGAUAUGAACAUAAACAUGAUGACACUAAUACCAGCAAUGCAGCCAAACUGAUUCAUAGUGAGAUUACAUCAUCAAAUAAUUUGGUUAAUACAUUGAUGACUAUUCCAUAUCAAGCAAAUGUACCUAUGGAAAAGACAACUGAAAACAUUGAUCUUGUAAAUAUGUCAACUGAUAAUUUGGUUGAAAAUGGCUCAGCAUUCAUAGAAACUGUUAAAUCACAAAACAAAGUUUUAUCAAACUGUGAUGAAACAACUUGGCCACCGUUGACAAAUAACACACAGAUUUUCGAAAACAAAAAAAUAUGUAAGCUUGAUGAAGACCAACUAUAUGGGGAGUAUGUAAUACAAAGGCUUAAAAACAUAAAAAAUACAACCAUUAAACAACAUGUCAAGCUUGAGAUCGAUUUUAUAUUUUAUACCAAAAUGAAACAAUUGUCGUCACAAGAGAGUACAAAAUGAUGAGUCAAUUCAAUGCAACAAGUUUCCUAUUCACAACUUUCUUUACUUUAAGCUAUAAUAAGUAUAAAAACAAGAGUUAAAUUUAUAUAUAUAUAAGUGUUGAUUUUAAAAGUAUUGGUAUUUAUUUUAUUUACUGUAUUAGUUAAACAUAUUAUGAUUACUUGAUUCCAAUGAAAAGCAUUAAUUGUUGAAUGUUUUGAAUUUAAAAAUUACAAAAAAUUAUCUUUUAAAACAGUUAAUUAAAAAAAAAAAGGUUUACUUAUUGUUUUAU